AUGACAUAGGGAUACUUCGAGGUUCUUCGUCUUCUUCGUUUACGCUAAGUCGCGCCCAAUUUGCUUUCCCCUUUUCCGCCCACAUCAGGCCGCGGAGAGAGCACCAGGCACGGCGAAAUAGUUUCGAGCCCGGUGGUGGGUGGGCGGAGACGAAAUGUCCGGUGUGAGGAGUGGUUCCUCGAUGCAAGUAAGUUAUGUGGCUGGGGUGGCCCGGGUAUCCGUAAUUGACCUGCCCGGAUCCGACGGGUUAGCACUCCGAGUGGGGGCUGGGCUGGGCUUCCUGAGAGCUGGCAUACUGUCUGCUCUUCUUUUCGUAGAACCCCAGCGCGAUUGUUGCUUCAUCCAGCUUAGAACACAAGUGGACGACAGUUUAUCAUUGCUUACGGCAUUUUUCACUUGUGCUUUGGUGUCCGAAUUCGAAUGCAGGUCCAGUAUUCG